AUGAGCGUGGACCUUCUUUCCAGUUCAUUCUCCCGCCCCGUGCUUGUGGAAUCCUUGCUACGUUUCUCAGCACUCUAUGAUUCCUCCUGGCAAUGGUGUAAUCUCCGUCUUGAGCGCAACGAGCGUCUGAUCUCCCCACCGACCACCCCUAUGCGAGCAGUAUUGCCGGGGAGACCCCCAGCGAAGCUCCAGUCUUUCGGCACUGCGUCCUGGAAUGGCCUUCGUGUGGUUGUGUACAUCUCGGGUCAAGCACUGGUCAUUCUCGGCGGUCCGCACAACCUCCUACAAACAAUUUAUGUCGACGAUACGCAAGCGCUACAGGCUGUUGCUAUAGAUGGAGCUUCGGGAAGAAUAGCUGUUUGUGGGGGCCCGUCUGCUUUCGUCUACGAGCCUUACGGUACCUACGGCGAAACGCUGAAGUGGUCCUUGGCCUUUACCCUUCGUUACGAAGACGAUGAAGAGCCGAUUUGUACGAUAUCGUGGGGUUCUUCCGACGAGCUCCUUCUGGGGAAUUCACAUCUCACGCUCUGGUUCCUGCAUGACACACCUCGGGCGGCAUGGCGGGAGAAGCUCGCUAACCCGGUUAAGUUCGCACAGAUUUCGCCUGACUCUACUCUCAUUGUUACCACAGGAGUUUAUGAUCGGUUUGUGAAGGUAUGGAAGAGGUUAGCAUUCGGUGCUGACGACGUGCGCUUCGAUGUAUCAUACCUCGCGCAUCCUGCUAUAGUUACGGGGUUUCACUGGCGCCGGCCGCUUCAUGGAGAGCAGUCAAUGGCGAAUGUCUUCUACACAUUAUGCGCCGAUAAUAAAAUCCGAGUUUGGGCGGCGAUUGAUAACCAUGCCCCAUCUCCACUACAGCUAUGGACGCAGAUUGACAUGAACCGUUCCGUACAGCCGAGACACGCAACGAAUGGAGUGGGCGUAUCACGCCGCUACGGGUUUAUCAUCGAUAGUCGGGAUUUCUGCAGCGCUACCGAGCGGGCGGUGGAACGAGGUGCAGGAAACAAAGGAAACCAUGCUUUGGAACAUAUUAUCGAAGUUGCGACGAGGAGCCCGGAGAUAUAUGUGGUAAUGGAUGGUGAAGGGCAUAUGGCUGCCUGGGCGUUGGAAGACGUCGGCUCCAAGGCCCAAUCCAAAAUGAACGUGUUCAACAUCCUCCAUGUCGAGGGUUUGGAUUUCUCGUUCUUGCGCGGACUCUCUGCCGAGGAAGAUUAUGCGCAAAUAUGUGCCUUUCAAAGUGCAGAUCCUGGAGACGCGCUCUCAAUCCUGGUCCACCACUUUGACGGACGGAUCGAAUGGUAUGAUUCGCAAGUAGAUGUCCUGUUUGAUCCGGCUCCUGUCAGGAAUCGCAUCGCCCGUAAGGCGUCCUGGACAGGACAUAUCGGCCCCGUUAAGAAGAUAAUCCGAAACGCUUUUGGCGACACUCUCACUUCUCGCACAGACGAUAACAAAGCCUUGAUAUGGAGACAGAAGCGGAGAGACAGCGGCUCUGGGCUUCUCCGUAAGAGCACGUUGUUCUCAGACGAGCAUAUCCACCGCAGCUGCGUGAUCGAGAAUGGUGAUUUCAUCGUUAAUUUGCAUCAUAACGGAAUAUCUGUCUGGGAUGUUCGUUCGUUCCAUGCAGAAAGAAUUGCAUCGUUAACAUUCGAGCUUUCAGGUAAACCGCUCUGCGUUCUGGAAAUGCUUACACCCGAGAAGAAUGCCGGGGUUGUUUACAUCGCAGCAAUUGCGGCGGAUAUGAGUGGAAUCGCUUGGGAAGUCAAUCUUCCACUUGCGAAAGGACACACAAAGUCUCAAUGCCACUUGAAGAAAUUCUGUACCUUUGACCUAGGGUUGAAAGAAGAUGUCUCAUACUUCCUACCUGUGGACCCUGCCGGUCCUCGGACUCAGUUGUCUGGAUUUUUUGACCUAUUUUCGCCCGACAUAGCGCUGUCUUAUACGGCUACUGGUAUUGUUCAUACAUGGACGGCCAGAGUGGACAAGGAUAAUAGCCGGAUAGAAUGGCUACUGACGUCCACCGUUGAGACGGGCAUCGCAAAUCCUUCUCUUGCCAGUGGAAGCUCCAUCAAGAAGGCAGCGCUUGUUGACGAAGAUCGAACGCAUCUCACUAUUUGGGAUACAAAGGGCGCACAACUCGAGUUUGAGGAACAUUUUGCCCAAAAGGACAUCAUUCGUGAUUUGGACUGGACGUCUACACCGGACAUGCAGUCCGUUCUUGCGGUGGGAUUUCCACACAAGGUUAUCCUCCUGACGCAACUACGUUAUGAUUACCUCGACUCAGGGCCAUCCUGGACCCAGAUUCGCGAAAUCUGGAUUCGCGAUCUCACCCCUCAUCCAAUUGGCGACUCCUGUUGGCUGAGCAGCGGCUACCUCGCUAUCGGGGCGGGCAACCAGCUUUUUGUGUACGACAAUGAGAUUGAAGCCACAGACCGGGUGGUCUCACAGCUUCGCAUUCCCACUCGUGGUUCAUCGACUGUAGAUCUCUUUGAAGUCGUGAGCCGACUGAACGGCGCGCUUCCUGUAUUCCAUCCGCAAUUUCUCGCCCAGUGUAUACUAAGCGGUAAGACGAACUUAGUGCAUUCGAUAUUGAUGAAUCUCCAUCGGAAGUUGAAGUUCUACACAGAGGGGGAUGACAUUGAUGGUUUUCUAGAGAUGGCGCUGGAAGAUUUUUAUGUGGAUCAUGAUGUGCCACAACAAGCAGUGUCUAAAGAGUUGCACUCGUCCUAUGCGGAUCUUUCCCUUGAAGAAGAGCCUACAGUCAUGGACGAAGCCACGGCAGCCAUUCUUAAUGAGAAUCUGGCGCGGGUUGCUCUACCACAACUAACUAGCCAGGAACAAGUCCGGCUGGUCGACACAAUUGAAUGUGUUGCCACUGUUGAAAAACACCGGCGCUCGAUGGAUGACAAUGCUGCUCGCUAUCUUCUGUUUUUCCGACAGCAUAUGCUGCGCAGGACACAAGGUAUCGCGAAUAAUGACACAGUAUCUUGGCGAGAGAUUGUUUGGGCUUUCCAUAGCGGCAGUCAAGACAUACUUAUUGACCUCGUAUCGAGGCAGUUUGGUGGAAAGUUGUCAUGGAAAGCAGCUCGGGAAAGUGGGAUAUUCAUGUGGUUGUCGAAUUCUGCAACAAUUCGCGAGCAAUUGGAGGUAGUUGCUCGAAAUGAGUACACCAAGACUGAAGAAAGGAAUCCCAUUGACUGCUCUUUGUACUACCUUGCCCUCAGAAAGAAGAAUAUCCUUCAGGGUCUUUGGAGGAUGGCGCACUGGAACCGAGAACAGUCCGCAACACAGAAAUUGCUAGCAAACGAUUUCCGGGAAUCUCGUUGGCAGACAGCCGCGCUCAAGAACGCAUAUGCGCUGCUUGGGAGGCGGAGAUUUGAGUACGCCGCGGCGUUCUUCCUUCUUGCAGACCAUUUGCGAGACGCUGUCCAGGUCUGUCUCAACCAAGUUGGUGAUCUUCAACUCGCAAUUGCCAUUGCUCGCGCGUAUGAAGGGGACAAUGGCCCGGUGCUGAAAGAGAUCUUGGAAACAAGAGUUUUGCCCGAAGCUGCCAUGGAUGGAAAUCGCUGGAUGGCUUCGUGGGCGUUCUGGAUGCUUGGCCGCCGUGAUAUGGCUGUGCGGUCGCUUAUUUCCCCCGUCGAGUCACUUAUCCCGUCGGACCCAGCCUCCCCCGAGACCCCCGGAUCAAUUUCCCUGCAAGCCAAAUCCUACCUAUCCAAUGACCCAGCACUGGUGGUUUUAUACAAACAACUCCGCGAAAUGACAUUACAAACACUGAAAGGGGCCUCUAAGGUCUCCGCCCAAGCAGAAUGGGAAUUUGUUCUCCGCAACGCACGUCUGUAUGAUCGAAUGGGCUGUGACCUGCUUGCUCUCGACCUCGUCCGCCACUGGGAGUUCUUGAAAGAACCACCGUCCACUCAACUUUCCAAAGACGGUAUGAUCAACCUGGUCGACGGCGCCAUUGAUUAUAGGAAGAUGCUCCGGCGGAGAAGCAGUCUUGUUGUUGCAGAUAUGCCGGCAAAGCCCAGGGAGCCGACGUCCCCGGUUGCCCCGAAGCAGCAACCACCGCCUACAAUGUUUCAUGAGCCGGAUGCUAAUUCGCUGCUUGAUAGCUUUGGGUUUUAGUUUACUUUCUUGUUGACUGUAUGUUAAUGCUUACUUUACCGGGCAAGGAGUAUA